GGUCUCAGCGUCCCACAAUCCAAGAUGGCGGGCUGCAGACGAAGGGGUCCCCAGGCCAGAGUUAGGCCACUUUUCUGCGCCCUGCUGUUGUCGAUCAGUCGCUUCGUCGGGGGCGACGGCGUGGGAGGGGACCCUGCGGCCGCCGGCACCGCGAGCACCCUUGCCGCGCUGCCACAUCGCCGUUUCGAGUACAAAUACAGCUUCAAGGGGCCGCACCUGGUACAGAGCGACGGGACCGUGCCCUUCUGGGCCCACGCGGGGAAUGCUAUUCCAAGUUCAGAUCAAAUUCGAAUAGCACCAUCCUUAAAAAGCCAAAGAGGAUCAGUGUGGACAAAGACAAGAGCCGCCUUUGAGAACUGGGAAGUGGAGGUGACUUUUCGAGUGACUGGAAGAGGUCGAAUUGGAGCUGAUGGUCUGGCAAUUUGGUACACAGAAAAUCAAGGCUUGGAGGGUCCUGUGUUUGGAUCAGCUGACAUGUGGAAUGGUGUUGGAAUAUUUUUUGAUUCUUUUGACAAUGAUGGAAAGAAAAAUAAUCCUGCUAUAGUGAUUAUAGGCAACAAUGGACAAAUCCAUUAUGACCAUCAAAAUGAUGGUUCUAAUCAAGCUUUAGCAAGUUGCCAGAGGGACUUCCGUAAUAAACCCUAUCCUGUCCGGGCAAAGAUUAUAUAUUACCAGAAAACAUUGACAGUAAUGAUCAAUAAUGGCUUUACACCAGAUAAAAAUGAUUUUGAAUUUUGCGCCAAAGUGGAAAACAUGAUUAUCCCUGCACAAGGGCAUUUUGGAAUAUCUGCUGCAACAGGAGGUCUUGCAGAUGACCAUGAUGUUCUUUCUUUUCUGACUUUCCAGUUGACUGAGCCUGGGAGAGAACCACCUACACUAGAUAAAGAAAUUUCAGAAAAAGAGAAGGAAAAGUAUCAGGAGGAAUUUGAACACUUUCAACAAGAAUUGGAUAAAAAGAAAGAGGAAUUCCAGAAGGACCACCCCGACCUUCAGGGGCAGCCUGCGGAAGAAAUCUUUGAGACUGUUGGGGAUCGUGAGCUGAGGCAAAUCUUCGAAGGACAGAAUCGCAUUCAUCUUGAAAUCAAGCAGCUCAACCGACAGUUAGAUAUGAUUCUUGACGAGCAGAGAAGAUACGUCUCCUCCUUGACAGAGGAGCUCUCCAAGCGUGGAGCUGGGGUCCCAGGACACCCUGGACAGAUCUCUCAGCAAGAGGUAGAUACUGUGGUGAAAACUCAGCAUGAGAUCCUGAGACAAGUAAAUGAAAUGAAGAAUUCCAUGAGCGAAACCGUCAGACUGGUCAGCGGAAUACAGCAUCCUGGGUCUGUCGGAGGAAUUUAUGAGACAACACAGCACUUCAAUGAUAUCAAAGAGCAUCUUCACAUAGUGAAGAGGGACAUAGAUCACUUAGUGCAGCGAAAUAUGCCAUCAAAUGAAAAACCAAAAUGCCCAGAACUACCACCAUUUCCAUCAUGCUUAUCUACAACAAACUUCGUUAUAUUUAUAGUGGUGCAGACGGUGUUAUUCAUUGGUUACAUCAUGUAUAGGACUCAGCAAGAAGCAGCUGCCAAGAAGUUCUUUUGACCACUAUUUCGAUAUGUGUACAUCAUGUAUAGACAUCAUCAUCACAGAAUUUACUCUUAUCCCAUGAAAAAAUACAAUACCUUCAGAAGAAAAAAGUUGUAGACUAUGAAACGGGAAAUCCUCUUGAGAUAAAAGGCUUCCCAACCCAGUAUUAUAAAGCCCACGGCCCCAUGUGCCUGAACUUCCAGGGAACACCAGAUCUACGCAGUAUGCAUUUGUCAGGCCGAAACUGAGGGGGAUCGUUGUGGUCAUGCCUAAUGCAAGUGGAGACGGCGACUAUGAAAGAACCUGAGCAUGAGUCUGGUCCUUCUGGGCUUGAUAAAGCUAACUUGUUCCAGAAUCACUCAGUCAAGCAGUUGACACCGAGUGUUUAUCAUAUUAUUUGAAGCUUGGUUUAUUCUCCUCAAAAUCAUUGACUUUAGCUCAUUUCUGAAGAAAAAUGUUUGCUCUAUGGGAAAAUCAGUCACUGCCAGGAGUCUUUUAUUUCUGUACUAUUUCAUAUAAUUGAGUUUGUUCUCUUUCUCACACCAGCAAGUACUUUACAGGUGCCUUGAAUUAAAACAGGAUUGAUUUUAAAAUUUUAGUGUAAGUCAUUGUGCUUAUGAUACUACCUUUAAAAAGAAAAUGCAGUUACAUAAUGGCUAAUACUCUUUCUUAAUGUACCUAUUUGUGUUCUAAUUGUUCGAAUGUUUUAUUCAGCUUGAAACUUUACUAUAAAGCCACAAACAAUAUCUUACUAUGUAUUGAAGAGAUACCAGUGUUUCUCAGAGUGCAGUCCGUGAGCCAUCUGGAUCAUGGCGUGCUUGUUAAGAAUACUGAUUCCAGGGCCUGGUUCCAACCCACCUGACUCAAAACUUGGCUGAGGCUUCAAAUGUCAGUGUUCAGCAAGCAUCUCAGGUGAUUUUGAGUACACUGAAGUUUGAGAACCACUACAAUGGGGAGAGGAGUCCCUGGGUGGCAGAAACAGUUAAGCACACUACUACUAGCCAAAAGGUUGGUGGUUCAAACCCCCUGAAAGGCACCUCGAAAGACAGGCCCAAUGAUCUGCUUCCAAAAGGGCACAGUUAAAAGCCCAGUGGAGCAGUUCUACUCUGUACACAUGGGGUUGCCAUGAGUUGAAAUCGACUCAACACAAGCUAACAACAAUGGGCAGUAAAAAAAAAAAAAAAUUUUGUGGUUUUUUGUCUUGUUUAAAGCUGAGCUGAGAACGUAAGACUUUUCAUUGUCAAUGAUAACUAGCACAUGUGCACUGAUUUUUUUAUACUUACACUUAAUGCUCUUUUUACUAAAACUCUUGGUUCAUAAGCAACUACAAGCUAAAUUUAGAUUGUUGCCUAUAGUUUGGUAGUUUGGUGAUGGCGUUUCAGCUUAAAAACUCAUCUUCGUGACAUUGUUUAGCCGUGAAGACUCCCAUCUAAAGCCUGCUUGCUGAAACUUUUUGCUUUCCUGAUUGUGAUUGUUGUGACAUUUUAUCUCAGACAACUGUACUUUUUGAUAACUUGGGAAAACAUUACUUGAAUAAGGAUUGUCUGACCCGCGGCAUUGCAGACAUAGUCUUCGUAAGGAACAUAAGUAGCAGUUGUGAAUAGUAAGAUGUGAUUACCUUUGCCUGUCUUUGUGCUUAUCGCAGGGAGAUAGUGAACAAAGGAUUAUACUGGGGCUUUUUUAUUUAUAACAUUUAAUGAAAAAUCAAUACUUGCAACUUUUUAGGUCUGUAUGUUGCCUGUUUAAUAUAUUUCUUUUAUGGAUAUUACUUAAGGUUGAAAAGGUUUUUCUAUCCAGUGUCAAUUUCAAUUCAAUAACAUUUUGUCAAGUUUUUCUCUUCUGGUUGUUACUUGAUGCUAGCUGGAAUUCAAAACAUGACAUUGAGCUUAUUAAAAUAAAGAAAUAUUUUAGUAAA